UAUAUUGUGUCAGAGAUUACAAAUAUGGAAAAUCUUGGUGAAGACGCCUUGAGAUCUUGUUUAUCAUGUAUCAACACCUAUUUUCAAGAGUUAAAAGUUUUGGUGAAUUUAGCAUAUGUAUGGUAUCAACAGUUGAAUUAUGCUUAUUUAAUCAAAGAAUAUCAAGGGUAUAUACUUUUGACUGUGUUCUUGCUAACAGUGUGUCUGGUUGUCUUCUACAAAAGAAAUAAGUCAGCAAAGAAAAAUAAGAAGAAUGGAGUUGAGCUGAAUCCCAUAAAGCUGAAUUGGAAUGUAUUUGAUCUGGCAAAGUCUGCCUAUGAGCCAGGCCAUACAGAAGCAGUAAUUGCAUUGGUAGAAAAAUAUGGAUAUGAUGUUAACUAUGUGAUGCCAUCAAGUGGACUUUCAUUAUUUUUGUGUUCUUGUUUAAGUGGUGAUAGAAAGUUGAUAAAGUAUAUGAUUUCAAAAGGUGCAGAGAUGCACAUACAUACUAGGGAUGGAGACUCUCCAAUAUAUUUAUCUACAUUUGGAAUUUUAAAUUCCACAUAUGUUGAUCCUGAUGUUCUCACAGAUUUAAGUCAAGCAGGAUGUUGUGUUAAUACUCAGAACAUAAAGGGUUAUACUCCACUUCAUAGGGCUGCAGCAAAAGGCAACACAGAUGUCAUUAGAUACUUACUGAAGCUAGGAGCAGACAGAUACUUACCAACAAAAUCAGGCAUCUAUCCAAUGGACAGUGCUAUAAAUGCAGGCCAUUUAGAGGCUGCAGAAUUAUUAAAGAUAAAACUGGAAAAUCCACAUGUUUGGGAAGUAGUGGAUCCACACACACCGCCAAGAAUUAAACUAGGCCUACAAAGUCCAAUUAGAAAACAUCUUAUAGAGUCUUCAAGAGUACAUAGACCAUUUCAAAAUGUAUUUACGUUCUAGUUAAAAAGCUACAUAUAUAUUGGUGUAAAUAAAAAGUGUGAUCAUUUAACCAAUUUAUAUUAAGAAAAAAAAACAGACUGAUGCUGAAAAUGCACUAGAUUAACAAACCUACUACAUGAUGUCAAGUUGAUUUAAUUUUCCAGACAGAAAACAGAAACCUUCAAUAAUGGAGAGAAAUAAAAGCAUUUUGUUCUUUUUUGUAUGUCAGUAUUUAUAUAAAGGCAAAUAAGGACAACACAUUUUGUUAAAUACCAAAUGUUUAAUUUAUGAUUCUGUGGGUUUUUAAAUAUAAGCCCAGUUCAUCAUAAGCAUAUAUGUGAUAGUUGUGUUGUUUAGUUAGUUUUCUCUGUUUAUUACAAUAUAAAUGAAUAAAAAAUGUAUUCCCUACUUCAGGAAUAUGCUUGUUUACUUUGUUUUAUUCAAUAUAAAUGAAGAAAAAAUAUAUGCUUUUCUUUCUUCAGAAAUUGAGAUCUAAGUUAUAGUAUAUGGAUGUCACAGAUUUCACAUAUAAUUAAGACAUGUUAAAUUUUGAAAAAAAAAUGGCUGAAAGUAAUACUUUUUAAGCUCACUUGGGCUGAACUUUCAUGUGAACUUUUGUCAUCACUUCUUUAAAAACACUGAACACUCUAGUUUAUAAAAUUUUAUCUGAGAUUAUGAUUUGGGAACAAAAUACGUGACCUUCAUUGCUAAAAAACACAGAUGUAAACCAGCAAUUACUGAUCUAUGUAAUCAAAGCUAACUAAAAAAAAACUUCUCUGAAACAACUGAACAGAUUCAAACCAAACUUAAUUCUGACCCUUAGGUGAGGAGCAGCAAAACCAAUUUUUAAGUUUUUGGUUAGACCUGGCCUGGGAUGAAAAUAGAACAUAUGGGCACAGGCACUUGUCUCUGCACAGGGGUCAAACUGCAGUCUUUGGUGUAUAUCUUAAGAUAUAGAGAAAACCUUGCAAGGGUUAACAUGAUUAGCAUGUCAAGAUUUACAUAAUGGUUUAUUGUGUUAAAAUUAACUGGUAACUAGUGACUACUUGAAGAGUAAUAGUUAACGUGCUAGUUAACAAGGUAUCAGUCUGCAGGAAGACAUGGCACUCUCCCUGGACACAUUAUUUCCACUGCAAGCUGACUAGCCUUUACACUUAUUCUUAAAUUCAGUGCGCUUAACUGCAAAGCAGCAAAUACCAAAUACCCUAGCACAAGACAAACAAGCAUCUAAUGAAAAUGAGGCACUGGUCAUAUGAACCCUGUUAGAAAAGUACACCAAAGUCCAUAAUUAUUCCAAACACUGACUUACUUAUUGAAUCUGAUAGGCCAUCUUAAUCACAAAAACUUAACAUCGACCAAUGAACCAUGAGAAUAAGGUCAAGUAAGAUAAACCCUGUCAGACAGAUAUGUACACCAAAUAUAGUUGCCAAAUUAAAUAUAGUAUCAUAGAACAGUACCUGAUCAUGAAAAUGAGUCCAAGGUCAAAUGGACAUGUACACCCUUUACUCAUUCUUUACACUGAAAAAAAAAACCUAGACCUAUCAUGAAAUCUUUACCAUGAAUUGAGGUCAAGGUCAAGUGAACCUGUUCUGCAUACUUUGCAAUGCUUUUAUAUAACAAAUAAAGUUGUCCUAUCUAAUAUUACCUUGGAAAUAAUAUGUAUAUGGGUAUACUAUUCCAUGGUAUUACACCUUACUGAACAAGAGGCUCAUGAGAGCCUGAUAUCGCUCACCUGUAAUUUCAGUUUCAGGCAUUUGACUUAUUCGUAGCUCUUACUUUGCUGAACAAUUUUGUCAUUUACACUUUCUCUCUUUCAAUAAUAAUAUUAAAGAUAUAACAUAACCCAAAACUGUAAAAUUUCCUAAAAAUUAACUAUUUCUGGACA